AUGUCCACUCAAGGCAACAAUUCGCAAACUGGCUCCACUGCUCCCACUGCACCGGCAGGUUCGGCUCUCGCCUACGAAGAUGAUGAAUGGAGGGUCUUCGUUGAUCCUCCUGGUACCGACCUAUCUAUAUUGGACACCUGCUCUGCGUACCCCCAAAAGCCAAGUGCUGACGGCACAAGUUGUACCCAAGUGUACAUCACCCCGAAUUCUGACUUUAUUCAAGUAUAUACUUUUUCCAAGAAAAACUUUUGA